AAAACACACUUCUUUAGGGCUCUGUACAACGGACUUCUUUUCCCAGUAGGCUUUGCGGGAAGCGUGUUUGGAGGAGGUCAUACAAUGGUUGUUUGCUAGCAACAGUCGCUGUGCAUCACCGAAGACAUGGAUUUGAAUCAGUAAAAUAAAUAUACAUGAUCACAAAAUGUCUGUCCUGACUCUACCUGAUGAGACUGCUGGUGAUAUUCCUGUCCGGGACAUCACUUUAAAUCUGAGCGCAGCAGGCAUACCAAUUUUAGAGAAAGAGGCACUGCUUUCCCAAAAUGCCAGAGCCAGACAAACUGUGGCGAAGAUCAGCCGAGAGGAACUGGAGGACCAAUAUCUGCGCAUGCAGGAGGAAAACCUCCUACUUAAACAACACUCACGCAAACAGGAAGACAAAAUCAAGCGGAUGGCUACGAAGCUGAUCCGCUUGGUGAAAGACCUUAAGCGAGUGGAGCAGGCUUCAUCAGCAGGCCAAGUAAUAGCAGGUCGGAAUGUUGAGAUGGAGGAGAUGAUUGAAGAGCUUCAAGAGAAAAUUCGUGACCUGGAGAAGCAAAAUGAGGGACUCAAGCAGCGAUUGCUCACAGCGAAGCAGCAGAUUCAGACUCAGAGUCGUAGGCCAACCCCAUACAGUCAUAUUCAAUCCCGUGUUAAUUCUGGACUGCGCAGAAUUCGGGAGGACAUGCCAUUACUGCCUCAGCAGCCAAUAACACCAAGAGGAGGAACUAGACAUGUGGAAGGGGAAACGAGCAGCAGACCCCCACAGGGACUUUUACCUCGCUAUGGACACAGUCUUCUGGAUGAUGCUCGUUCAGAGAUACGUAAUCUUGAGAAUGUUAUAGAAAUGCAGAAGGCCCAGAUGGAAGAGAUUGAGAGAAUAACAGAGAUGUUGAGGGAGCAGCUGCAGCUUAAGGAGAGAGAGUAUGAGGAGUCUCUCCUACAGCUAAAAGAGCAGCAGACCACUGGCCAGAGGUCGAACAUUAAUGACAAUGUGGAGAUGAUAAAGCUGCAGAAACAACUGGCUGAUAAAGGAAACUCUUUUACUGUGUUGGAGGGAAGAUUCCUUCAACUACAAGAGAGCCAGAAGACCCUGAAAGCUAGCCAUGACACAGCGAUGGUUAAAUUGGAUGAGCUGACAGGGCAGCUGAAAGAUGAGAGGCUGAAGAGUCUGGGCCUAGAAAAGCAGUUACAAACUAAAAUGCUGCAGGAGAGGAGGACUUCAGAGUUGCUUGAGCAAAUUCAGGAUUUGGAGAAGGAACGAGACUUGCUUAAAGAGAACUGUGACAAGUUAAUGAACAGUGCCUUUGACGUUAGUCAGGAACAGAAGUGGAAGACAAGAGAGCAGCAGCUUAAACUGCAGAUCGCUCAGUUAGAGAUGGCACUGAAGUCUGAUCUCACUGAUAAAAACCAAAUUCUGGACAAGAUUAAGACAGAGAGAGAUUUAAACGAGAAGCUGAGCAAUGAGAAUAAAGAAAUUCGACGCAGCUAUCUGGAACAGAAGCAGCAGUUAGAUGAAAUAAAAGAUCGCAUGAAGUUCUUUACAAAGGAGAGUGAAAUUGAUGCUGCUGAACUCAGUGAAGCGCUGAUGCUCAUAAAGGUGCGUAAAACGCAGAAGAACGGAGAGUUGGGUUUCCUGGAAAAAGUAGAUGAGGAGGUUCAAAUAGAUGCCGAACGCUCACUGAAGGAACUCCAAGCCACUUAUGCUGAAACUGUCCAAGAGCUAGAGAAGACAAGAAACAUGCUCAUCAUCCAGCACAAGAUCAAUAAAGAUUACCAGGCUGAAGUUGAAGCAGUGACACAAAGGAUGAACGAUCUGCAACUGGACAAUGAACUUAAACAGGAGAAACUGGCUCAGCUCUUGGAUAUGAGAGCUGUUAAAAUAAAGAAACUUGAAGCCCAGUUGAAAGACAUUGCCUAUGGUACCAAGGCCCACGUCUUUCGACCUGACAUCACAGAUGAUGAUGCAGCUGACGAAUUCGAUGAAUCGGUACACCUGGCUAGAGGAGAGAACCUUCUGGAGAUUCACCUUGGAACUGCACGGUUUAAUUCUCAGGCUCUGGACAGUCUGGGGGACAAAGACCCCUCCACCUUUUGUACUUAUGCCUUUUAUGACUUUGAGCUGCAGUCCACUGCUGUAGUACGAGGGCAGCAGCCAGUUUAUGAUUUCACCACCCAAUACCUUGUAAAGGUGGAUGAUCUCUUCCUGCACUAUAUCCACAGCAGCUCCAUCACUGUGGAAGCACAGGUGGCCGAGUUUAUGUCUUUCCGCACCGUAGCCAAAGGACAGAUACGGCUGAGUCAGGUGCUGGAGAGGGAUGGGAAAGUGUUUGGCACCAUGCAUCUCGUAGGAGUUAGUGAUGAUAUUCAAGUUUUUGGCACUCUGGACUAUUGGCUCAGACUGAGGGUUCCUAUGGAACAAGCUAUUCGUCUGUAUAAGGAGAGAGUGAAAGCUCUGGGUUAUCUCAGCUCCAGUGUUAAAGACCAGAACCAGGCUUCAUCUUCCCCACUCUCUAGCUCUUUGAUUAAGGAUGGGAACCUAAAUGAACUCUACAUUACAAUACGUUGUUGCAGUAAACUAAAAUCCAGGGGACCUCAUACACAGCCCAGUCCAUAUGUCAUUUACAAAUUUUAUGACUUCCCUGACCAUGAUACACCAAUCGUUCCCUCCACCAAUGAGCCACAGUUUGAGGAUCACAUGAUUUUUCCCUUGACCAUGAACUCUGACCUUGAUGCAUAUUUGAAAGCAGAGGCUUUAACCCUGUAUGUGUUUGAUGACCUGGAUUUUGAGAAUCAGCUCUACCUGGGCAAAGCCAAUGUGCCUCUUAUAUCUCUAGCUCAUGAUAAGGCCAUCACUGGAACAUUUGAGCUAACAGACCCAACUGGUGCUCCUAGUGGCUACAUAGAUGUGACUCUUAAAUGGAAGUUUACAUACUUGCCUCCUUCUGGGUUGGUAUCAACAGCAGAGCAGGCCAGGUUUAUCACCAAAGAGGCUCCAAAGAUUACAACUCAUCAGGAAUCUGCAAAUGUGAAUGCAGUCAAAGUGAAUGAAAAGGUUCCUGCUAUGACCCCGAUGCCGAAGCCCAGAUUGCGUACCCUUACAAAACCAGCUGUUAAAAAUGUUUCAUUCCUAAAUGUGACAGAGCCUGAAAUUCAGAAAAAAGGAACUGCUCCCCCCAGUGGUGAUCAGGAGAUGAAGCCCUCUACUGUUAUUACUUCAAAGGAGACUGUCAGAGCAGUUGAGAAAGGCCAAUCCUCUACAGUUAAUGAGGAAGAUGAAGAUGAAGAGUCCCAUUUUUCAGAGGGCCAGGUGUUCGCAGUCAGCUCUCAGUCUGUAUCUGAUGACUCUGAGAUCUCUGAGGAGCUGGAAGAGCCAGAGGAUGACAUACAGCCAGCAGAAGGCUCAGAUCUGAGUGAAUCGAUCCUUACAGACAGCGAUGACUGCAUCGUGCCUGCUCAGUCUACCCAGGCCAGGAAACAGCCCUCUGAGAGGAUCCGUGUGGAGAUUGUGUCUCUAAAUCUGAAGCCAGGAUCAAGGGUCUCUGUGGACUCUAGUGUGGUCAGGCUGUUUGUGGAGUAUAAUUUCCUGGACCUCCCUUUAGAGGAAACGCCGAUGUCAUUGCCCAAACCGCUGCCUGGACAUAGUAUCUACUACAAUUACAGCCACGUGAUCCAUGUGGAUGUGGAGAAUAACCAGGCCAGACGUCACAUGCUUAGAGCAGUACUAGAAGGCAGGAACAGAAAGCUGGAGAACAUCAGGUUCACAGUAUUAAGUGACCCGCCUGAGGAAGAAGAGCAAGAAAAGGAGUGUGAGGAUGUGGGCGUGGCCUAUUUUCGGAUUUCUGACAUUCUGAAGAAGCAGAAGGACCUGAUAGACAUCAGUCUAGACAUUGUGGAUGUACAGGACAGCACUGAAGUAGUGGGGACUCUAAAGGUGACUGUAGAAGCUCUGGAGGCUCUCAGAUCCAUCAUGGAGGAUCCAGACCAUGAUCACUCAAAGCUUCAGUUGGAAAGAUAAUUUCAGAGAAACAGCAGUACACAGCCUGAGCUAGUGGGUUUGUUUAGCGAGGUAAAUUUUGGAUCUCACAUGUGUCAUGCAUAAAACCAAGAGGAAAAUGUUGGCUAAAACAACAAUGAUCUCAGUGUGUGACUGCUUUAUUAAUGCAUUACAGGGAUGAUAAAAUGUUCAUCUUAAUAUAUGUUAUUGUAAAUUUUCAUUUUCAUCUAGUAAGGAAAUUAAUAAAAAUAUUCUGCGUCCUCAUAUCUGAGGACACAACAUUGA